UUAUUUUCCUCGGCUAAAAGCAAACAGAGUCUCAGACACAGAAACAAAAGGACUUAAUAUGGCCAUAUUUAACAAUAUAAAAACGGCGUGUUGGAGUGCUGUGCAUCUGUUUGUUGUUCUGCUUCUGUGCUCCGCUUUGGCUGAGACCAGCAUUACUGAAAGGACAUUUUCUGGCCAUUCUGAUGAGAAAAUUGGUGUGGCUGAUGAAACAAGCAAUUUUAGGAGCUUUGAUGCCAUCGCAGGACGAUCUAAGAGAAACGGUACCGGCCGUCUGCUGGUGGUGCCAAUGGACGGGAGUCACUGGACCGCCGUGAAGGCCGUGGCAGAGGAAAUGGGCCGCAGAGGCCACACCGUGCUGGUGCUGAUGCCGGAGGUCCGUAUGCGCCUGGAUUCUGGAAAGCAGUACAUGAGCAAAACAUUUCCAGUUCCGUACACACAGGAUCUGUUUACACAACUGUCCAAAUCUUCCCAGCAGAUGAUUGGUUCUACAGCCAGUCUGCUGGAGAGAAUCUCAUGGAAACUAAAACACUUGAGAGAGAUUAUGAAUCUGAUAAGCUCCACUACUGAGAGUUUAUUAUUUAACUCUGAGCUGGUGGAGUUUUUAAGAAAGCAGGAAUUUGAUGCGGUACUGACAGACCCUGUAAUGCCAACUGGAGCCAUUUUAGCCUUCAACCUGUCUCUGCCUGCCAUCUACAUGCUUCGUGGGUUACCUUGCGGCAUGGAUGCUAUCGCCACUGCCUGUCCUGACCCUCCAUCCUACGUCCCCCGGUUUUUCACUAAACACACCGAUCUCAUGUGCUUCACUGAGCGUGUGUUAAACGUGAUGGUGUAUUUGCUGGAACCUGUGAUGUGUAAGAUACUGUACUGGUGGUUUGAUGAUGUGGCCUCACGUUUCCUGCAGCGCAGCAUCAGUAUGACAGAGAUCCUAAGUACAGCUGCCGUGUGGCUGCUGAGAUACGAUUUCACCCUGGAGUUCCCCAAACCACUAGCACCCAACACUGUGCUGAUUGCAGGACUGAAUUGUGCCGUUACUAAGCCUUUGGAACUGGAGGUGCUGGAGUUUGUGGAAAAAUCAGAAAAUGGAAUUAUAGUUUUCACACUUGGCUCAUUAGUACCAGCAAUGCCAAAAGAGAAAGCAGCCAUUUUCUUCCAGGCCUUCAGCAGAAUCCCUCAACAAGUGUUGUGGCGAUAUGCAGGUGAAGUUCCUCAAGACAUACCUGGGAAUGUGAAGCUGAUGGAAUGGAUUCCUCAGAAUGACCUUCUAGGUCACCCAAAGGCAAAGGCAUUCAUUACUCAUGGUGGCUCACAUGGUAUUUAUGAGGGGAUUUGUCACGCUGUUCCCAUGGUGAUGAUACCACUCUUUGGUGAUCAGGGUGAUAACGUGCAGCGAUUGGUUAGUCGUGGAGUGGGCGUGGCCGUGAACUUUCACGACAUGUCAGCUGAUGUGCUGGUCAAUGCCCUAGAUGCUGUAAUCAAUGACAGCAGUUAUAAAGAGAAGAUUAUGAAACUUUCUGCUCUUCACCAUGAUCAACCAAUAAAUCCACUGGAUCUUGCAGUUUAUUGGACAGAAUAUGUAAUGAGGCAUAAAGGGGCGGAGCAUCUACGUUCUGCUGCUCAUAACCUUAACUGGUUCCAGUAUUACAGUCUUGAUGUGUUUGGAUUUCUGCUGGUUGUCAUGGUGAUUGUUGCCAGAGUAAUGAUGAAAUGCUGCAUGUUGUGUUUAAGAUGCUGCAGGAAUUUACUGAAGAGGAAAGAGUAGUACAAAAGUUGCUACUGUUUUCUUUCACUUUUCUGAAAUUCAACCAUGUAUAUUACAGUUACGUGUUGGAGUUACAGAGUUAGGAAAGUGUCAAACAUUUUUAUUGGUCAAGUUUGUACUCUUCCAG